GCUUACUCCGUCCUGGUCCCAGCUGCAUCAGCACCGCAGCGGGCACACGCCAGUGAGGGAAUCCGACGCAGUCGGCUCACCUGCACCCAAGACCCCAAAUGGCUGUCCCAGACCGGCAUAGACUUGGCGUGGCAUGAAACCAUGUUGAUACGCACAGGAUUUGCUGCAGCAAACAAUAACAAUGUGACCAACGCGCCUAGCUCGCUACUUGCUGCUGUUUCGUGCUCCCGCCGACCACCGUCCAGGGUUGCUUCUAGAUGCCAAGAGCAGAGGCGCUGGCCGGUCGCUGAGCCACUCAAGCGGACGUCAACACCUUGCCAACCAGCCUCGAUCCGAUGCCCCGCUCUGCAGCGCGUAGUGCGCCACAGCUGGCGAACGCACCCACGGGGUACAAGCCAAGGACCAGGAUGCGUGCGGCUUCAUCAAUACAUCUUGGCAUCGCCCAACUCCCUUGAAUUUUCGGCCGUUUUCAACGUAAAGCAGUCCGCAUCCGCCGCCGCCCUUGGCCCUCCCACGCCAAACCAUUCGCUUUCGGCUCGCAUCUGUCAUUGAUCAUCCAGCUCGCACGGCGAUGGCCCAAAGCCCUAAAUGUCUAAACUUAGCGUACAUAGGUACUGGGAUGGCAAGCAGCCCGCCCGCGUAUUCAAAGCUCCAUCAGUGGUCUAAGAUGGGCAGGGCAGGGCAACUUGACUUGAACAGUGGCUCAUUCGGCUGGCGACUCUGAAUGAUGACGGCUUGGCCCGUGUAUGAACGCUAUUGGUAUAUCCGGGCAUAGCAUUUGUUUCGGGUCGCGAAGUUACCCAAGAGGUGC